AUGCGACUAAAUAAAUUCGUUUUGUGAAGUUGAGCGAACGAACAACAAGUUUUGAUUAAACAACAAUUAUAACAUAACAUAACACUUGCAACUUGCUUGGUCGUGUGUAUUUAAGUAUAUUAAAUUAUAUGAACGUAUAGAUAUUUCAAUUACAUUAAGGACGACACAUCACGAACUGAUCAUCAAGCAUAGAUUUUGAUACCCAUUCAGCAUUACCAUGGAGGAGUCGCAUAAAAACCAAAAGGAAGCUAACCCCAACCCGGUCACACUCCCUGAAAAUUCGGGCCAAACAUUGGCCCGAAAUAUCCAUACGGAAAAGAAAAAUGAAAAAGAUGAGCCGAACGUAAAGAAGCAAAUAUUUAUGUCAAUCUUGGCUGCAUUAGUUGGGUUCGUUAUUUACUGGAAUUUUCUGGAAUGUGAACUGGUUCCAGCGGUGAAAAGGAAAACAGUUGAAUGGAACGGAUCAGUCAAGAAGAUACUCAUAAUUGGAGACGAUGGUGUCGGGAAAAGCUCCGUUGCAAACAUGAUUUCCAAUGAUGGGAUCACAAUCCCAAGUACCGCGUCAGAAUUGCCUCUCGCCUUAUCAUACGAAGAGCAUGGAGCAGAAAGUUAUAAAUUUUACGAGUUCGCCGGCCUUACUCAGAAACGGUUCGGAACGUGCGACAUGAAGCAGACAAUAUCCAAUUUGGUCGAAAUUAUAGAAUUUCUAGAACACGGAUCGGGCUUACAUCUUAUGAUUUUUGUUAUGAGAAUUGGCCGCAUUACGGACACUUUUGUCAAGAAUUACAAACUUUUUGUGGAACUGCUUACACGAAAUGAAAUUCCUAUAAUUUUGGUGUUGACGGACGCGGACCGUGUCAACGAUCCGAACGAAUGGUUGAGAAAUAAUUUGGACGCUUUUAGAAAAUAUGGCUUAUCAUUUGACGACAUCGUUCUGGUAUGUGCGUCAAGAGGUGAAGAUCUUCUCCCAGACUUUGCUGAGAGAGUGGUCAAAAUUUAUGACGAGUCGAAAGAAAGGUUAAUUCAGAGCGUGGAGAAAUAUAUUGGGAAAGAAGUAUGGGUUCUGAAAAAUAGUCAGGACGAGAUGAAAUUUCGGUAUGAAGCGAUAAUUUGGACCUACUCAAAUUUAGAUUUCGUUGGAAAUGAGCUGAAAAUUAGAAUGUUUAUGGGGUGGAUAUUGAGAUGGGAGAUUUAUAAGGUAGCGAAUGAAUUUGUGAGAAAUAUGAUUGUCUAUUUAAGUGUUCAUUAGUUAAAUUGGACGUGUGAUUCAGUUGGAACCUAAAUGGCAAGUUAAAUGGUUGGCUUGCAAAUAUGUACGUAUAUGUACUUAUGUAUAUACAUACAUAGUUGUAUUAUACUUUGAGGUGCAAAUUUGAUUAACUGUGAUAGAUAAUUUUGUAUUUAACGUGCCACAAUUAAUUAUGGAUAUGUACAUAUGUUCACACUAUAUAUGUACCUAUGUAUUUAUAUAUACGUGUACUUAUAUACAUCUGUAUUUCUUUAUGUACUUACUGACAUAAAUGGGUACCUAGGUAUGUGCAUAGCGAACUUUGUUAACUAUCCGACAAUUUUUUUUUACAAAUGUGCACAUUUAUCCCUGUGUGUAUAUAAAUAAUCUUGUCAAUGCACAAAGGAAUCAUAUUUAUAUGUAGAUGCUAGACAAAUUCAUAUAGAUACAUAUGUAUAUAUGUAUGCAUCUUGUCCUUACGUAAAUUUGUAAAUGCUUACAUACAUACAUAAAUAUAUAAAUAUAACAUUUACAAAAUUGUGUGCAACUACCAUUGAAAAUCAAGCUCCAACAUUAAUACAUAUUUCAAUCUGCUUAAGUACCAAAUGCAAAGGAAAACAAGCUAACUGAAAACUUCAAACGUUAGAUUGACUCAUAGGCAAGGGGACGAAUACCCGGACUUUGCUUAACAAACAUGUAAUAGUGCUGUUUAACCUUUAAAAAUAAAUAUUCCUGAAAUGUU